AAUAGUAUUUACUUUGUUGACAGCUUUUUAUAACCAAAACAAAAGGAAAGUUGAGCAAAAUCAAAUUAUCAAUUUCAUCUCUCACUAAACCGAUUGUAAUUGUAACUAAAUUUUGAGUUGAAUAUUAGUUUAUGUUUUAAACUGUUUGAUCGGAAUCUGUUAAAGAAAUGGCCUCUCUGUUUGACCAAUAUUCUUCAGCUUUGAUACGAGAAAAUACCAGCAGCGAGACGGAUCCGCCCAAUCGUCCACCUUCUUCUGGUUAUGUUAGUGUUCGUAUGAAAAAGGAGAUACCGAUAUUCGCGAAGCAGAAAAUGAAUUUAAAUUUGCCGGCAGGUAUUUUGUAUCUGUCCGUGCAGAACGAUUGGUUAAUAAUCCUUAUGACGAAUCUUACUAUACUGCGAAUGAACAUCAAGCAGCCAAACGAGUUUACGGAGGUUCCUAUCGAUAAGUAUGUUGGAGGAUUAAAGCCUACCAGUUUAUUUUUGGAUCCAUUGGGAGCGCAUCUGUUUAUAACUUUUUGUCCGAAAUCUCCCGGUUUUACUCCGGAAGUUUUGUAUUUGCAACGGAGCAGCUUCAAGCCGAAGUUCAUUUCAAAGCUAAAAGAUCAAGAUAUUACUGCUGUAGGAUUUAAUUAUUCCAAUAGCUCAGAGCUCACGACGGGACCGAUACUAUUAGGCACUAGUAAAGGAACUAUUUGGGAGGCUGAACUGGGCAUUGAAGGCGGAGAUAAGUUGAUGCAGCAAAACGUCCGGCAGGUCUUUGAUGUGGGCACUGGUGGCGAUAGCCGACCGAUUUCCGGGAUCGAAUUUCAUAUGCGACAUGAACAGAAAAGCAUUCAUUGUAUCAUUCUGGUGCUGACGUUAGACCGAAUCUAUACAUUCCACGAAACCAUUCGCGGGGUUGAAUCGAAGAUGACAACUGGUCUUUUACAGAGAGUUUUCAACUCUUACUUGAACAUCCCGGAGCAGUUGAACGAUUUCGAACAUGUAGUCAGUAAGAUGAGCUAUUCUAAGCUGCAGUUUAACUACGAGGAAGAUUUUCCAAAAAGCUUUGGUUGUUUAACGGAAGACGGCAUAAAUUAUCAAGAGCUUGACCCUAAAAUGGACACUCCACAAUUUGUUGUGCAAAAAGAAUUGAUUCCGUAUCCAGCACAAGAAGACAUCACGCAACCGCAGCAGGAGAAUUCGUAUAAGGUGGCACCGAAAUGCAACACCCCAUUGUCUUUUGUUUUGACUGAUUUUCAUGCAAUUCUGUUAUACGCCGAUCACGUUACGGCAAUAUCGCUGCUAAACUAUCAAAUCGUUUACGAGGAGUAUUUUGUUGAGCAGUACGGCAAGCUUACUAACGUACUGAAAGAUGUGCGAUCCAAUGUGACCUAUGUCUACAGCAAUAAAAUGAUUUUUCGCUAUAAGAUUAACAAUGAACAACGCAAUGCUUGGCGCUUGUAUGCUGAUCGACAGAAGUUCGAAUUGGCACUUCAAUAUUGCAACGAUAAUCCAGCUCAUCGAGAUAUCGUUCUAGUCAAGCAAGCGCAGUCGUUCUUUGAUCUUGGAGAUUAUCUAGAAGCAGCACGGAUAUACUCCAAUACUCAGUUGAGUUUCGAAGAGGUUUGUUUACGUUUUUUGCAACGCAAUCAGAACGACGCCCUGAUGCUGUACUUAAAGAAUCGGUUAGCCAAGUUGAAACCACAGGAGAAAACGCAGAUCACCAUGUUAAUUGUGUGGAUGGUUGAACUUUAUUUGAUAGAAAUCUCUCGCUGUGCUAAAGGUGAAAAUGCUGAUCGAGAGCGAGUGCUACAGAAGGAAUUUGAUGCGUUCAUGCAGACAGCGAUCGUGAUUGACUGUAUGAAAAAGAAUCGAUCAGUUAUUUACGAUUUGAUGGCUUCACAUGGAGACAACCACAAUCUAACCGCUUUAACGACUAUUCAUCAGGACUACGAAAGUGUCUUGCAGCAGUAUGUUAACCAGUCUCGUUUCGACGAUGCUUUGGCGGUACUACGCGCUCAGAAUCGUUUAGAGUUGGUGUACAAAUACGCACCUGUUGUGAUGGAAGAGUUGCCUGCUGAGACGAUAUCGGUCUUAAUCGCCUACGGAAAACGAUUGGAUCCAAUUAGGUUGAUUCCUUCUUUGCUCUGUUUGGACAGCCCCAAACACAUUUCUGAGAUUGUAAAAUAUUUAGAAUUCUGUAUCCAUUCCGCGGGUUGCACCGAACCGGCCAUUCAUAACUAUCUGAUUCAAUUGUAUAGUGAUAAUUUCCGCGAGAAACUGCUCACAUUCCUUGAAACUCAGGGUAAGGAGAUCACUAUGGUGAGUUAUGACGCACACUUCGCUCUACGAAUAUGUCUGAAGCAUCGAAUCAAAGAUGCUAGUGUGUUUUUACAGUGUCUACUAGAAAUGUGGGUCUCGGCUGUUGAAUUGGCUCUGACCUUUGAUAUUCAGCUGGCGAAAAACACUGCUUCACAGGCACGGGAUAAAUCGCUACGCAAGAAGCUGUGGCUCAUAAUUGCGGAGAAGGAGAUUCGCGGCAAGCAUGAAAAUGUGCAAGAGGCAUUGAAAAUCUUGAAGGAAUGCGAUCUACUUCGGAUAGAGGAUCUGUUGCCGUACUUUUCGGAUUUCCAAAAAAUUGAUCACUUCAAGGAGGCCAUCUGCGAAUCGCUUAAGGAAUAUAAUAUUCGAAUACAGGAGCAGCGCAAAGAUAUGGAGGAGUCGGCGAAAUCGGCAGAACGGGUACGAUCGGAAUUGCAAACUUUCCGCAACCGGUCAGUUACGGUUGGGGCCCAGGAGCAGUGCGCCAUCUGUGGUGUUUAUCUGUUGCUAAAGCCUUUUUUUAUAUUUCACUGUGGUCACAAAUUUCAUGGCGACUGUUUAGAACGACAACUGCUUCCACAAUUGAGCUCGGCAGUGGUUAGCCAUUUGAUGAACUUGAAGCAGCAGUUGAAUGUAGCGCAAAGUCAAUCUAUCGAAACAGGAAGUCACGGUGGCGACACGAUGUCCAGUAAGGAGCAUUUGAAGAACCAAAUCGAAGAAAUUCUUGCAUCGGAUUGCCUAUACUGCGGUGAAGUGAUGAUUAACACUAUUGAUCGAGCGUUCAUAGAGAACUGGGAAAAGGUUGACAGCGACUGGCAAUAAGUUAGAAUGGUAAAUUUAUAAAUACACAGGAUCCUCAAUAAAUCAUGUUAAUAAAACACAUGUAUUUGGUCCUUACAAUUGUCAAAUGCAUAUUCUUUGACAAAAGUUGACAUGAAAAAUUGAUCAAGCGACUUGAUUUUACUUUCGUGAUUUUCACAAUUUGUUCAGCGGGUUACACA